UAACUUAUAACUGGACUGCUAUAACCUGUCUUCGCCAUAUUGAGAAUGUGGAAUAUUGAUGAACUGUUUGUUGUAGAAUUUUUGUCAAAUAAAGUAAAGCAAACACUGAAAUAAAAUCUUGAAAUGAGUGUGGCAAACUCCUUCAUAAAAACUAAUAGCAUUUUAAACGCAGGCCGACCUGGUUUUCUUGGUUUACGACUGCUGUCAAAUACACCGAUUCAAGAGAAAAAAUCAUUUGGAAAUAUGAAGGAUGAAGAUCGUAUAUUUACAAACUUGUAUGGUCGACAUGACUGGAAACUGAAUGGUGCUUUGAGCAGGGGUGACUGGUACAAGACAAAGGAAAUCAUUCUUAAGGGAUCAAAUUGGAUCAUUGAUGAAGUUAAAAAGUCCGGAUUGAGGGGUAGAGGUGGUGCAGGAUUUCCUAGUGGUAUGAAAUGGGGUUUUAUGAAUCGACCGUCUGAUGGACGGCCAAAGUAUCUGGUUGUGAAUGCAGAUGAGGGUGAACCAGGGACAUGCAAGGAUCGCGAAAUCAUGAGACAUGAUCCUCACAAGCUGGUUGAAGGCUGCCUUGUUGCUGGUGCUGCAAUGGGUGCAAGAGCUGCUUAUAUUUAUAUUCGUGGUGAAUUUUACAAUGAGGCAUCUAAUAUGCAAGUUGCCAUUAAUGAAGCUUACAAAGCUGGUUUUAUUGGCAAGAAUGCAUGUGACAGUGGUUUUGACUUUGAUGUAUACAUGCAUAGAGGUGCUGGUGCUUACAUUUGUGGCGAGGAAACGGCAUUAAUAGAAAGUCUUGAAGGUAAACAAGGCAAACCAAGAUUGAAGCCUCCAUUUCCAGCAGAUAUUGGAUUAUUUGGUUGCCCAACAACUGUUGCUAAUGUUGAAACUGUUGCAGUUGCACCUGUCAUUUGUAGACGUGGUGGUGAUUGGUUUGCUUCAUUUGGCAGACCACGUAACACUGGCACUAAGCUAUUCAAUAUCUCUGGUCAUGUAAAUAAUCCAACUACAGUUGAAGAAGAAAUGUCAAUCCCUUUGAAAGAUUUGAUUGAAAGGCAUGCCGGAGGUGUACUAGGUGGUUGGGAUAACCUUCUUGCAGUAAUUCCAGGAGGAAGUUCGACUCCAUUAAUACCGAAGAGUGUUUGCGAGGAAGUUUUGAUGGAUUUUGAUUCAUUGGUUGAAGCACAGACUGCAUUAGGAACAGCCGCUAUCAUUGUCAUGAAUAAACAGACUGACAUUGUUAAAGCUAUUGCUCGUCUACUCUCAUUUUACCAACACGAAAGCUGUGGUCAGUGUACACCUUGCCGUGAAGGAACAGGCUGGAUGACAAAAAUUUUGUACAGAUUUGCGAAAGGAAACGCGAAACCAUCCGAAAUUGAUAUGCUAUGGGAAUUAAGUAAACAGAUUGAAGGUCAUACUAUAUGUGCCCUGGGAGAUGGGGCAGCGUGGCCUGCUCAGGGUUUAAUCCGUCACUUUCGACCUGAGCUUGAGCGAAGAAUGCAGGAAUAUACUGAGUCCAUUGAUCAUGCUGCAGUUGCGUAAGGUUAGCAGAUGUGACGCCAUUAAAGCUCUGCUGUUUUGAUCAUAUUUUUGUUAAAACUGUCGUAUAAGGUAUCGUAUUUAAACUAUGAAAGUAUGUUUUUUAUUGUUAAAAUGACUCAACAUGCUCUACAACGAAUCUUAAUAUAUCGUAUCAAUUUUAUAUAUUUGAGUACUGCUUUACUACAUGGAUUUUCAAUGAUUCAACAUCUUUACGUCUUUAAUCGACAGAGACAGUUGCAUUCUGUUUUAAACUGAAAAAGAAAUAUCUAGUCUCAUUGUGUAUAAAAAUAUGUUAAAUUGAGUCUAAUACAUUGAUACUUACAUUA